AACAUCAAAGGAACCAACGAUCUUCCUUCUCUCUCUCUCCCCCCCUUCGCUUGCGAAAAACACUCUUCGAAAAGAGCGUAAAAAUGGCAAAUCUCUCCCCCCUGCUCACGUUAGUCCUCAUCCUUUGCUCCGUUCUAAUAUGCGCCGCCCGCCCUGAGCCAACCUUCCCUGCCGCCGCCGCCACCACCGCUUCUCCGGUCGACAGGAUUCACCAGGAGAAAAAGAUAGAAGGGAAUCGAGAUGACGUGGCAGAAGAGAGCUGCGGUGUAGAAGACGAAGAUUGCUUGAUGAGAAGGACCUUAGCUGCUCAUCUUGAUUACAUCUAUACCCAGAAGAAACAUCCAUGAAUUUUCUUUAAAAAACGUUACCACCUUAUUUUAUAUAUUUUGUGUGCAAACCCUAGAUUAAUAUAAUAUAGAAUACGUAUUUUUAGGCCAACUUUGUCGUCGAUGCAACAGAAAUUAAGAACAAAAGAUAAUUAAUAUAGUGAAUUAUGUAUGUAUAAUUUACCUGCGGGGUCAAUAUGGUUCCAGCAUUUUGAAAGCUUAUGAUUCUGUAA